CUUUGAUGGCGCCGUCGUGAUCGCAGAAUUGCAGACGACGGAGUGAGCGUCACGCGAGGUCGUCGCCGCCGCAGUUGCUGAUUGUAGUGCAAUGUGGAUAUUACAUUGGAUUCUGGUCACUGCCGCUGUCGGGUCAGCGCUCGGCAGUCGCCGGCUAGAGGCAAUUCUUCAGUCACUGGAUUCAAGUGCUCAUGCUGCCUACAGGAUAGUGAGACCACAACUGGUGGACGAUGCCGGCCAUGUCGUCUCAGGCAUUCGAGGGCGCCGUUCAGCGGAAGACCGCCUCCAUUACCAGCUCCCUUUGCCGCAUGGACCGGCAGUGCACGUAACGCUGGAGCCCAACCGGCGUCUGAUCGGCCCGGGAUUUGCGAUUGAACGAUGGGGUAACGACAGCAAGGCCAGCGUUCAAACGCCCAAUUGUUUCUUCUUGGGCAGCGUACGAAACGUCACCGGAAGGUCAACCGUCGCCCUCUCCACUUGCUCUGGAUUGAGGGGUAUGGUACGUCUGGAGGACGACGACUACCUGGUGGAGCCCCUGGAAGGAGGGGGAGAGGAUCGAGCACACGUUGUCUACCGCAGGUCAGCGCUGCGGAGAGGUUCAUCGCUUUGCGCAACGAAAGACAGCAGCUGGGAGCGGACCAGGAAGGGCACCCAGAGGAAGAAGCGAUCUGUGAGUCGGGAGCGCAAUGUGGAAACCCUGGUUGUGGCAGACAGCACCAUGGUUGAAUACUACUCGAACGAAGACAUCGAAACCUACCUGCUCACAGUACUCAACAUGGUGUCUUCUCUCUACCAUGACGCCAGCAUUGGUAAUGCCAUCAACGUGGUCCUCGUCCGCAUGAUCAUCUUGGACAAAAGCAAGGAACUGGAGAUUAACGCAUCCUCAGCAGAUAGCGCGUUGAAAAGCUUUUGUCGCUGGCAACGCUUUGUAAACCCUCUAGACGAGAACCAUCCUAACCAUCAUGAUGUUGCAAUCCUGAUAACCAGAUACAAAAUGUGCAUUCGUAAUGGCGAACCCUGCAACACAUUGGGCUUGGCUGAAGUGGCCGGGAUGUGCCAGCCGCAACGCAGCUGCAACGUCAACGAAGACUCGGGUCUGACACUCGCCUACACUAUAGCGCAUGAACUGGGCCAUAACUUCGGAAUGAGUCACGACGGUCCCCAAAACGGCUGUCAGCAUGUGCCGGGUGAACGACAGCACGUGAUGGCACCUCAGCUAAGCGCUGACACAUCGCCGGUGGUUUGGUCCGACUGUAGCCGCGAGGAGAUCACGCGGUUCUUGGAUCGUGACUGGGGACGUUGUCUGGACGAUGAGCCACAGUCUCAUUACGCCUUCCCUCAGCUUCCGCCGGGUGCAAUGUACGACGCCCAUCACCAGUGUAGACUGCAGUAUGGGCCCGAGGCUGAACAUUGUCCAGGGAUCGAGGAAGUGUGCCAGACCCUAUGGUGCCGCCUGGACAGCAAGUGCAUUACGAAAAUGGAGCCUGCUGCGGAAGGAACAGUUUGCGGCAAAAACAAGUGGUGCCACCUCGGCAACUGCACGGAAAUUGGAGACCGUCCUGCGGCGAUAGACGGCGGAUGGGGACCCUGGUCACCGUGGUCGACGUGUACGCGCUCCUGUGGAGGGGGCGUCGCGUUCUCGGAGAGACACUGCGAUAAUCCCAUGCCCUCAAAUGGGGGACGCUACUGCAUUGGGGAAAGGAAGAGGUACAAGCUGUGCAACACUGAGCAAGCGUGUCCGGAAGGGUCGCCAAGUUUCCGUGCCGUGCAAUGCAGUAACUUCAACAAUAUUCCACACAAAGGGGAACUAUUCAACUGGUCUCCUGUUUCUUCAUCUGCAACCCCGUGUCAGCUCCACUGUAAACCCGAUGGGAAGUUCUUCUCCGUGAUGCUCCAGGAAUCUGUGGUCGAUGGAACGCCUUGCAGUCCUGGAUCGCGUGAUGUUUGCAUCAACGGAAAAUGCAAACGCGUUGCGUGCGACUGGGGCAUCGAGUCCAGCGCCCAAGAGGAUCGCUGCGGUAUCUGCCAUGGCGACGGGACGCAGUGCAUCACAGUUCGGAAGGAGUUCACCCAGAAGCAGGGGCUUGGAUACAUUGAGGUGGGGAAAAUUCCCAAAGGAGCUCGUAAUAUUCACAUAGAAGAAGUCGCACAGUCUAGCAACUAUGUGGCAAUCCAAGGAGCUGCUGAUGGCGAAUUUUUUCUCAACGGAGAAUGGUUCAUUCAGUGGAGUGGAGAGUAUGCUGCUGCUGGUACUACACUUUUUUAUCAAAGGGAUGGAGAGAAGGAAGUGGUACAUGCACCGGGACCUAUUAAGGGAGACCUGUUGCUAUACCUGCUGUUCCAAGCUGAAAAUCCGGGCCUCAAGUAUGAGUAUACAGUGCCAGACGAAAAUGUGAGGCGCCAGACAGAGUUUAAAUGGAACUUCCUAGAAUGGACGCCCUGCACGGUUACCUGUGGUGGUGGUGUCCAGGUGUCUUCGGCCAAGUGCAUGGAGAAGGAAGCGGGACUGGUAGAAGACACCUACUGCAACGCAACGCACAAGCCCCCAGCAGAGAGCCGUCCCUGCAACAAGCAUCCUUGUCCCGCAAGGUGGUGGACAGGCCCUUGGCAGCCUUGCUCAGCUACUUGUGGCGGAGUGCGUCACCGCACAGUUCUCUGUGUGCGAUCGCGAGGCAUGAAUGAGCAGCUUGCCCUGAUGGAUGACUCCUGUGCCGCACAAACGAGGCCAACUGAAACAGAACCCUGCUCCGGUCAUCCAAGAUGCCCAGAGGAUGCCCCUCAAUGGAACGUUGGCAACUGGACAGAGGAUUGUUCCAGCGACCCUUGUGGCAACCAAACGAGGGAAGUAACAUGCUCUCACGAUGCCUGUGAUCCAAACACUCGGCCCUCAGAUACAAGAGUCUGCAACUCAGUUGAGUGUGGAGUGUGGCUCGUCGGAAACUGGUCACAGUGCUCAGAAAGUUGUGGUGGCGGGCAACAGUUCCGGGAAGUGACCUGCAGUCAGGGUGUCCUGUGCCACAUUGCAUCGCGCCCAGUCGCUGUACAAGAGUGCAACAAUCUUCCAUGUGGGGACACGGUGAAUGAGAACGCUUCCCAACCAAAUCUCACGUCUUCCGCGAACGUGGUGUUAUCCUCUCCUCAGCCAGCUGUAACAAGCAGCAGCGUACUGCACAAAGUGAAUGACAGGCCGACGGAAACCGUGGUGGACAUGAAGCCCAACUUCAUCUUGGACAUUCCAGACGAUUUCUGGAACGUCACCGGGGCUCCACGCCGGACAGUUGUACUGGAAGAUGCCCGUUAUGCUUGGAGAGCUUCCAAAUGGACAAAGUGUUCUCGUGCUUGUGGUGGGGGUGAACGAAGAAGGAAAGUCAAGUGCGUUGACAAGGUCACUCAGAAAGAAGUGCCAGAAGACCUCUGCUACUUACACACCCAGCAUCUCAAGCCUCCGAACAGAUCUUUAUGCAAUAUUGACUUGUGUCUCGAAUGGCAGACAACAGAGUGGAGCAAGUGCUCGGCAAAAUGUGGCCCUGGACAGAAACAGAGAGAGGUAACCUGUCCGAUGCACAAUCGGUGUGAUCUGGCAAAACGGCCACUUAGCACGACAACGUGUAACCGUGGCCCUUGCUUCGCCUGGGUGGCAGGUCCAUGGAGUCAGUGUUCUGUGAGCUGUGGCAUUGGGACGCAAGUUCGUCACGUCAAAUGUGCCAACCAGCACACUCUCGAACAAUUCCCUGUGGCUACGUGUUCGAGGGUGCCACGACCCCCUAGAGAGCAGGCUUGCGGAGGAGAGCUCUGCCCACAGGACCCGUCCGAGAAACAAGCUGAACUGAAGGAUUGCAGAGACUCCCCACAGCAUGCGUGCCCUGUGCUUCGACACACAUGUGCCAGGUCUCGGUAUGUUCGAGUCCAUUGCUGCCGUACGUGCAGAAGAAGAGAGGUCGUCCCGUGAACUGAAAAAGAAAGAAUACACCAAGAAGCAAAACAUAUCGACGGGCGGUCUGGCACCCCGUAUUUAUGCACAGUCUGCUUUUGUUAUUGAAUCUUUCUGAAGGACAAACAGUGUCACAGUUGUUGUUGGAUGUUUUUAUGCCGGUUUACGUGGUGUAUACUUCGGCGUUGUACAAACGAAUAUUAUGGCACCUUUGUAGGGUGCAGCUGGACACAAACGGUUUUAAGAAAUGGGGCACUAGUAUCGUAAUUUGGUACUUAAAAAGACACUUGAAAUCUACUUACAUAUUUAAUACCGGAGUAGUGCCACGAAGAUGGAUUUCACUGGAACAACGAAGCGACAUUGCUCUCAUUCAAAGCGUUAGUCACUGUACAUGACAACUAGUGGAUUCAGCUCCCAGCUCCAAAUGUUCAGUUAACUGUUUGCCUUGGUUUUAAUGUAUGUUGUAUUACUACAGCUUGUACAGCGUGCUUCGAUGACAAUAGAUCCUGAAUCGUCAGUUCUUUAAGCUACAGUGAUAUGCCGUCGAUCUACAUUUGCAAAACUGUUACAUCCGGUACCACUCAUUAGCAUGUGGCAAUGGAGCAUGAUGAACAAGAAUAAAAGGGUAUUUAAGGACGUA